CAUGCACCACCGAAACGACUCCCAGAGGCUGGGGAAAGCUGGCUGCCCGCCAGAGCCGUCGUUGCAAAUGGCAAAUACUAAUUUCCUCUCCACCUUAUCCCCCGAACACUGCAGACCUUUGGCGGGGGAAUGCAUGAACAAGCUCAAAUGCGGCGCUGCUGAAGCAGAGAUAAUGAAUCUCCCCGAGCGCGUGGGGACUUUUUCCGCUAUCCCGGCUUUAGGGGGCAUCUCAUUACCUCCAGGGGUCAUCGUCAUGACAGCCCUUCACUCCCCCGCAGCAGCCUCAGCAGCCGUCACAGACAGUGCGUUUCAAAUUGCCAAUCUGGCAGACUGCCCGCAGAAUCACUCCUCCUCCUCCUCGUCCUCCUCGGGGGGAGCUGGCGGAGCCAACCCGGCCAAGAAGAAGAGGAAAAGGUGUGGGGUCUGCGUGCCCUGCAAGAGGCUCAUCAACUGUGGCGUCUGCAGCAGUUGCAGGAACCGCAAAACGGGACACCAGAUCUGCAAAUUUAGAAAAUGUGAAGAGCUAAAGAAAAAACCUGGCACUUCGCUAGAGAGAACACCUGUUCCCAGCGCCGAAGCAUUCCGAUGGUUCUUUUAAAGCAGUAGUCUAUCUUAUUUUCAAGGCAUUUGGAAGUGAAGGGCAAAUUAAUGUCUUGUUUUAAGGAACUGCUUAGUCCACCACUGAAGAAAAUAUCCAGAUAUUAUUUUCAUUUUAUGUAUAGGGGUUUCUUCAAAAAAAAAAAAAAGAGGAAAAGAAAAGAAAAAAAGACAUAUCAAAAUAAUCUGGGAGCUCGGGGAAUUGGCCAGUCUAUUUACUUUGGAUACACUGAUUCUUUGAUGUAAUUUAGCUAUACUAGUGAAGUUGUUGUCUAUUUUGAAAGUGGCUGUAAAAAAUAAGUUUGGGUAAACCCCUGCUGUAAAAUCAUGUAUCUUUGCAAAGUACAUAUCUAUACUUCAUUUUCAAAUAUAUGUGUUUCAGUACUGUAAACUGUACAGAUAGCAGCUUGUAUUUUGUGUGUCUAGACACAAGGAGACAAUCACGUCUGAGCAUCUAUGGAGAUUAACAGUUUGUACACAACAGUAUGGUUCUGCGAGUUAAAUCUGGAGCAAUAAAUUUUAGCUUUAAAUAUUUUUUGCCAGUUGUUUCGAGAAGCAGCAACAGCGGUGGCAUGUUUUGCCAUGCAUCUUUCAGUAGAGACUCGAUGCCAAGUUUCACAAGAAGAAAAGAUUAUGAUGCAUCCGGCAAUUACCUGCAGUUGUAUUGUUAUAGGAGGGAAGAUGUGAUGAAAGUUUCAAUUAAUCUUUUGAGCACUAUAUUAGAGUAGUGGUUAUGCACUUGCAUUGCUUACAAACGAGCUGUACAGAAGGGUAUACCUCCCAAAUACUUAGUGUAGUUGACUUGUCUUGGGUUGCACUGUAAGGCGGAGUACUCUGAGUAGUUGGAACAUGCAGAAUCAGUUGUAUAAAUUUUUUUAAAACAGUGUUUACUAGGAUACAGAAUAAAGUAUCAUAUUGUAGGGGGAGAAAUCCAUGACUGAGUUUUUUACUAGUGCAGCAGGGGCUGUAUUUUUUGUUUGUUUAUUUUUUGCCUUAUUUUUAUGUUUUUGGUAGGAAAAAUAAACACUUAAUAAAAUGUAUCCACAUGUUUUAACUCCAUGUAUGAUAUUAAAUGGGUAGUUUUGUUUUACAUUUUGAACAUAUCAAAGCUUCUGCCUUGAGAUAUGGCUAGGUAUAUUUUUAAGUAAAAAGAAUUAAACACAUUCAUAAAAGUGAGGUUUUUUUUUAAUAUUUUGUUAUCUUCCUUUCUCAUAGCCUCCUAUUUGGACCAGUGGCCUUCCCCUAGGCCCUCAGUGGAAUGUUCCAUUGCUCCCAUUCCCAUUCUUGUCAUCAAGGAUGCUGUGGUUCCAGAGAAUUCCAUAAAUGUAAACAACCCCUAAACACAAAGGAGUAUGCUUCAUAGGACCCGGGCUACCUUUUCACGUAGAAUUUGGUUUGCUUAUGGCAGUUGGGGCUCCUAAGGCUGUCCCAGUAGGACAAUUAUUAUUUGUGAUGACAUGAUACCUAAGAAGUUCCUUCCUUCUUUCCUUCCUUCCUUCCUUCCUUCCUUCCUUCCUUCCUUCCUUCCUUCCUCCCUUC